AUGACCCUCCAGUGGACCGCAGUGGCCAGCUUCCUGUAUGCGGAAAUAGGACUCAUUUUGCUCUUCUGCCUGCCUUUCAUUCCUCCUCAGAGAUGGCAGAAGAUUUUUUCAUUUAAUGUCUGGGGUAAAAUUGCAACUUUUUGGAACAAGGCUUUUCUUUCUAUUAUAGUCCUAUUGAUUGUCCUGUUUCUAGAUGCUGUGAGAGAAGUAAGGAAAUACUCCUCUACUGCUGUCAUUGAAAAGAGCUCAACCAGCAGACCUGGUGCCCAUGAACAUACCCAGAUGAAACUUUUUAGGUCUCAAAGAAAUCUUUACAUUUCUGGAUUUUCAUUAUUUUUUUGGCUAGUAUUGAGACGCCUGGUUAUCCUUAUUACUCAGCUGGCAAAUGAAUUGUCAAACAAAGGAGUACUUAAAAAUCAAGUAGAAAGUACUAACGAGGAUGCCAGAAAAUUAAUGAAAGAGAAUGAAAAACUAAAACAGCUCUUGAAAAGCGGUAACAAGGAAGAGGAACACAUUUUGGAAGCAGAAAAUAAAAAACUGGUAGAAGACAAGGAAAAACUGAAAACGGAAUUAAAGAAAACUAAAGAUGCUCUUUUAAAGGCACAAAAUGACAUGAUGGCAAUGAAGAUGCAAUCAGAGUGUCUUUCAAAAGAAUAUGACCUACUCUUAAAAGAACACUCAGAACUUCAGGAUCAUUUACAAAAAGACAAGAAAAGCCUGUGA